CCCUACUCUACUCCUCACGUCAAGAUGCUCACAGAGAGGAUUACCCUGGCGACCGAGUGGAAGAAAAUGAUCAGGUUUGGGCUCUGGACUCAUGGGGUCUAGUUAUGUUGAAGACCAAUUGUGUGUGUUUCUCCUUAAAAGACAAAUCAAUCUCUGCAGGACUGAAGAAGGGACUCUAUUCCUCUUACUUCCCCAGGCCGCUGGUCCCGCUGCAGAUCUGUGUCUAAGGUCUCAUAUCGUCUCGGAAACACACCCAUUGCUAAAGAAGCUAGGGGAGGGGAAGGGCCUUGGAUGCAACAAUUGAGAGAAGAAUGAAAGUUUAUUGGGUGCGGCUGCCGCUUUGAUUUAAAUUUGCUCAGGUUUAAAGCCCCGCAGAGCUUUGGCUUCUGUGCUCUGUGGACGUCUCGUUUACUCCCGCACUCGUUAGGAAAUAGAGUGGGAGGGGGAAGGGCACCCUUGCAGCUUUCGUAGUAAUGCGGGAGCCUUUGGAUGGUUUUUAGAAAGUGCACCGGUAUUUACUGCUUUCGAAAGGCUGUAAACGACGGGGUCCAGGUAGGGGACAUAUUCCUGCACUCUUUUCUUCCAUAUAUCUCGAGUCCAGAGCCUCAGAGAUUUCCCGUGGGACUCUGGGACAGAAGGAGAAAGACGACUUGAUAACUUAUUCUUGGGAUUUCAGAAAGAAGCCCUUUGGAAGGAAGGGGCGCUAUUUACUCCUACCCCACCUUAUUGGGGGUAGGGUUUGUGGCGGGAGGGCGGGGCAGGGUUAUUGAAAGGGUAGUGCCUUUCAGUACAACUUUCUUCCGAGGACCUGUUGGCCGCAUGGUGUUGUUACUUCCCACCCCCUACAGCAGCAUCUCGCCUUGAAGAAGGAAUCUAAAGUUGGAGGAAAUGAUCUCCGAACCUGGCAUUGAGCGCCCACCUUAAUAGCCAUUCUCCUUUCCAAUCAAUAGUUCUCCGCAAUGAGUACCUUAAAUAGCCAGCACCCUGUAUCGUGGGAGUAAAGGCCACUGGAGACGGAGAUGACUCUGUUUUGAGAGCCGAUUGGAGUGAACAAACAGCUGCUUUUAAAAGGGACAAAAAAGGGGAAUAUGGAGGACUUUACCACUAGGACCUAUGGCACCAGUGGCCUGGACAACAGACCUCUGUUCGGAGAAACUUCGGCAAGGGAUCGUGUCAUUAACUUAGUUGUUGGCAGCUUGACAUCCUUGCUGCUUCUGGUAACUCUGAUCAGUGCUUUUGUGUUCCCUCAACUACCUCCAAAACCACUGAAUAUAUUUUUUGCUGUUUGCAUCUCCUUGAGUUGCAUUACUGCCUGCAUACUUAUCUACUGGUAUCGGCAAGGAGAUUUGGAACCGAAAUUUAGAAAUCUAAUUUACUAUAUCUUGUUUUCUAUCAUCAUGUUAUGUAUAUGUGCCAACCUGUACUUCCACGAUGUGGGAAAGUGAUGCUGCCAAUGAAUAAAACUAAGACUGUUCUCAGCUACAAAUUAGGAAUCUGAACAGAAAUUCUGGGUAAAAUAAACUGAAGAUGAAGCAAGAUUGUGCAGGAAUUCAAUACAUGAUUUUCAUGUUAACUGCAAAUCUAAAUUCCCUCUUGUUUGGGAGCUAAGACGUGACAUUGUGCUUUUCCUUUUCAAAGAGCUGAUGUUGCACUUAGGAACAUUCCACACAUAUGGAUUCAGAAUGGCACAAGUUAUUUUCACUUUUGAAAUAUUACUUUUUUUUUUUUUUUUUUUUUACAAUCUACUAUAGCACUGGGAGGGGGUUAUGUAACAAAAAACAUCUUAGAGCUCUAAGACAAAUAUUCUUUUAUUUCUGUUAAACUGAAUAUACAAUUAUUUUGUUCCCUAUGCAACCAACCAUUGCUUGUAACUACAAUUUAAUUUCACAUUAACAAAAAAAGCACAUUAGAUGGUAAAAAGACAAACUCUGAUUGUGAAAAUUUAAUUACAAUAAUAAAUAAAAUAAUUUAUA